GAAAACACAAAGAAGAAGAAGGAGGUGGCAGUGACGUCUCGGGUCGAGCGACAUUUCAAAUUGAGCUUGAACCGGGAACGCGGCGCAGCAUCGAAGAACAGAACGUCACCAUGAGUGAGUUGGAGGACAUCAGCCACCACAUUCAUGACAGAAUAUCAUCCUUACAGCGCCUGCUGGAUCUGUCAGUAGUUGAAUUUCCUCAAAAUAAGAUCAAGAAACUUGGACAAGAGCUCUUUGCACUCGAGAGACUUCUGGAGGAGUUUGAAAAAUGUGUUGAUCAACAGAAAGAGCAACUGAGGCAUCUUAAGGAACUUGAGGAGUCAUUCCAGAAGGAUUUUAAGGACAUCCAGCACAUUAAGGAAAACAUUCCUGCUCACAUGCUCAGGAAGAAAGGCCCAGUAAAUGGAAGUGAACCUGUAAUGAACCAGAAUGAAGCAGCCGAUGUCAAGCCAGCCCAGCUGGAAAAUGUCAAAAAGACCAUAAAGAACUUCAUCAGACAUAUGGAGUUCAUCACUGUGUCAGAGUUUGAGAACAUCCCUCAGUACAUGAGAGGACGUGUGUCAUAUCAGCAACUUAAUGCUGUGGUGCAGAGCAUUAACACAGCUGCAACAGCAAAGUACAAGAUCCUCCAUCAGUCAGUGAAAACUCUCAACAAUCAUGCACGCAAGCUGCACCAGCGCUUUAAGGAGCAGGAGACAUCAGAUACAAAAGGUCAGUAUUUUGUGGUGGAGGAUGACAUUCGUGAAUUCACUCAGAUGAAGGUGGACAAACGCUUUCAAGGGAUUUUGAACAUGCUGCGACACUGCCAGCGCCUUCGGGAGCUUCGAGGGGGGGGCAUCACCCGCUACAUGUUAAUAUGAAUCAACAAGUCCUAAUCAGAUGGAAUAUGCUUUUACUGUGGUUGUUUUUUCUUCCUUAUGGUGAAAUAGUAAGUCAAAAGAAUUUGUAAAUGUGCGUACCUCGUGGUUUAUUGUGGUCACAGUUACAGACUGCACAUUUGUGCACCCUGUCAGACACUACAUAUGAGGUUUUUGAUCUGCCAGACGGUUGGCCUCAUUGACUUAUUAUAUACUCAGAACAUUUUUUAAAAGCAAACAGUGACAUUGUGUCUGUCACAGAAUCUAAUCGCAAAGAGUGCAUCUGUGUGGGUUCAUUUCACAUUUAAAUAAUUACCCAUGGAUAUUCUUUCUCUUAUAGCCUGUAUGAGCACAUUAGCAAUGUGGAAUAUGUAUACAUGUAUGUAUGUUGUGGUACAAAUAGAUUUUUUGUUUUGUAUUACAUUGUUACAAGUGUCAACAACAUUUUGUAUUUUUGAGUUAAACAAAAUAAAAAUCAAAAGAAUAAAAAUUAC